CUUUGUUUCUUUCAUCCUUUUGUCCAGGAUUUGGAAUGCUUUGACUGAUAAUUAUGGUAAUGUAAUGCCUGUUGAUUGGAAGUCCUCCCACACCAGAGCUUUGCACAUGCCAACACUGAAUCUUUCAGAAAAAGGAUUAAAUGAAAAUUUGAACCUUGACCUAUCGGAUGAUGAAGAACUUAGAGAACAGCUGGAUAUGCAUUCUAUCAUAGUUUCUUGCAUCAGUGAUGAACCAUUGUUUACAGCAGAGCAGGUGAUUGAAGAAAUAGAGGAAAUGAUGCAGGAAUCACCUGACCCAGAAGACGACGAAGCACCCACGCAGUCAGACCGGCUUUCCAUGCUUUCCCAGGAAAUACAAACACUCAAGAGGUCCAGUACAAACAACAGUUAUGAAGAGAGAGUACAAAAGCUAUCUGUUGCUGAACUAAAUGAUCUACUAGAAGAAAUUGAGACUGCCAUUAAAGAUUAUUCUGAGGAGUUGGUACAGCAGUUGGCUCUACGGGAUGAGCUGGAGUUUGAGAAGGAAGUGAAAAACAGCUUCAUUUCUGUCCUCAUUGAAGUACAAAACAAACAGAGAGAACACAAAGAAACAAUGAAGAAGAAGAAAAAGCUGAAAAACGGUAGUCCUCAGAAUGGCAAACAAGAAAGAGGUCAUAUGCCUGGAACACGCUUCAGCAUGGAAGGGAUCUCAAAUGUCAUUCAGAAUGGCUUCCGCCACACAUUUGGAAACUCUGGUGGAGAGAAACAGUACUUAACAACAGUCAUUCCUUAUGAGAAGAAAAGUGGACCCCCCUGUGUUGAAGAUCUUCAAACAUUAACUAAAAUCCUUCAUGCUAUGAAAGAGGACAGUGAGAAAGUGCCAAGCUUAUUAACAGACUACAUUUUAAAGGUUCUGUGUCCAACAUGAGAAGUGUUGCUUUACUUCAGAUGUAACCAUGCUCCUUCCUGUGACACGAAGCUUUCCAGAGAGAAUUCAUAAUAUUUUCUUUUCAUUUGACGCUAUAUCCAAACCUAUAUGUAUUUACUUUCCAUGUCUGCUUGGAUUUUUGGAUCAUACAGUAGGUCCUUUGGGUAUGAUGAUAGAACUUAUGCACUUUUCAUUUGAUAAUGCAGUGUACUUGAGCAUAGAACAAACUAUUUUCCUCACAAGCUUUGGUUUGGCUUUUAAAAUCUAGUUUGUAGCAUGUAGUAAUCCCUCCCAUAUAUUUCAUUGUUGGGGAAGGAAAACUUAACUUUAAAUACUGUAAAUAAAAUAAGCCUAUAAUUUUAACUAACCUGCAGUUAAAAAAAACAACAAAAUCUCUGUUCUUGCAUCAGACAUGCAAAAGGGAUUAUUGCCAAGUCUGCAAAGAAGAAUUCCAUAGAAGUUCUUCAGUAGACACUCCAAAACAGUGAGAGUAUAAACUGUGAGAAUAUAAACUGGCAUUGAACUCUUUAAAAAAAAGCAGUAGCUUAGAAUAAAACAAUAAUCAUACAUUAAACAAAUGUUCUGAAGCUUUUCAGGAGGAAGAAAGAGACUAUUUGUUCCCUUUACCUGCUACCUAAUUUAUAUAAACAUCUACAAAUUAGAUCACUGACCACUCUUAUUUUUGCUGUUGGUUCAAUUUUUAAUAAUGGCCAUUGAGACCUGAUAUGUUCCAUCAUUACUGCUAUCAUUUUAAUACUCAUAUUAAAUAUUUGGUCCUAGGAUAAUGCUUUAUAGGCUGCACUAUGUACACUCAGUGCCCUUUAAGUCAUUAUGUAAUGUUUGAGAAAUGGUCAGCCUAGAUUCCAAGUAUAUUAUGUUGAAACUUUGGUUAUCAUGUAUUUAUAAGGCAUCAUAUAAAUCUGUCUCUUGUAACUCCCUGUCUAUGGUGAUGAUGAUACCUGUACUUCGAUGUCAUUGAUGGGAACAUAUUUUAUAAAUCACAUUAAAUAUCUGUCACAAAUAACUUUGCCAGUCUUACAGUGUAAGUCCAAUGGUGUGUAAAAGCCAAUUGAAAGAAAUAAAGUGACUGUUUUUA